AUGAGGAGGAGCUCAACCUGUGUUUAUUCUUUAGCAAUUCACAUUCUUCUUGCUUCUAUUCUCUUCACACUGUCCCAAUCCUCUGGGGAUGGUGAUUUGGUAGACCAAAUAUGCAAAAGGACACCCUUUUAUGACCUUUGCAGCACGACCCUACACUCAAACCCUCUAAUCCCAAAGAAUGAUCUCAAAGGGGUGGCACUCUUAAUGGUCAAGAACAUUGUGGCAAAUGCGAGUGAGACACUGAGCUACAUUGAAGGACUAAUAAAGCACACCUCAGACCGUGAGUUGGAACAAGCAUUGGCUUUCUGUGCUGAGACAUACAUACCAAUUGUGAAAUACACUCUCCCACAGGCAGCUGAUGCAAUAAGCCAAGGCCGUUUUGUGUUUGCCAGUUACUGCAUAUCUGAUGCUGUCAAAGAAGUGAAUUCCUGUGAUAAGAAAUUCUCAGGCUCAACUCAGUCACCCUUAGGUGAUAGAAAUGGCAUUGUGCAGAAGCUGGUUGAUGUUGCUUCCGCCAUAAUCAAACUGCUACUAAAGAGUUGA